AUGGCUCCUACUCUGAACGUGACACACAUCGGCACUGCCACUGCUAUUUUGGAGAUCAACGGGGUCAACUUCCUGACCGAUCCUUUCUUUUCCCCGGCUGGCGCCUCAUGGUCUGAUGGCCAAAUUACUCUGACCGUAUCUGAAAAUCCUGCUCUGCGCCUUGAUCAGCUGCCCGUAAUUGACGCGGUGCUAUUGAGCCACGAAGACCACUUUGACAAUCUGGACGACCUUGGUCGCCAACUUCUGAACGGGCGCCGUGUUCUCACAACAGUCGAAGGCGCCAAGAAUCUGGUCCCUCGCCCCGCCGUUCAUGGAAUGAAGCCGUGGGAGACCAUGAGUAUCACGAUCGCUGGACAGAAUUUCAAGGUGAUCGCCACUCCAACCCAGCAUCUUCCGGGUGGUGAAUGCACCGGCUUCAUCGUCACCGGAGAAAACUUUGGACAAGGCCGCGACGGUCUCCCGAACGCAGUAUAUUUCACUGGUGACACGGUACACAUCAGUGAACUCAAGGAAAUUGCCAACCAGUAUCAUAUUAAAGCGGCAGUGAUGAACUUGGGCAAUGUUAUUGUCCCAAACGUUGCCGAUCCGACUGCUCCUCCAAUUCAAAUCACCAUGGACGGCAAGUCUGCGGCUAGACUGUUCCGCGAUAUCAAAGCUGAAGUUUUGAUUCCCAUGCAUUAUGAGUCUUGGGGGCACUUCACUCAGUUUGGGGCAGAGCUCCGGCAGGUGUUUGAAAAGGAAGGCAUCAGUGAUAAGAUCUGCUGGCUCAAGCCAGGAGAGAAGGUCUCGGUUUUCUAA